AUGGAUGGGCCAAAGGAGCUUUCGCAGCUCUUCAACAAUCCUUUCCUCUCCGACAUCAGAAUUAAGCAGAUAUCAACGAGCGGCGAGAUACGUGAAUACUGUGCCCACAAGGUCGUUCUCUGCAUGGAAUCGCAGUACUUCAUGAACGCAUUCAAGGGCGGAUUCAAGGAGGCAUCUGAUAGCGUCAUUGAGCUGCACGACGACGACCCGUACUAUUUCGAAAUUGUCCUCAAAUCCAUCUACUCCCCUGGCUACCAUGCAACUGUCUACGACCGCACUUUGGACAGCCCUAAGGAGAAGGUACUCGCUCAAAUUGGCACCUACAUUAUCGCAGACAAGUAUCUUGUCACACUUUGUCUGUCCUGA